CUCCUCUCCUGUCCUGUCCUGUCCUGUCCUGUCCUGUCCUCACCUCACACCGCCGCCGCCAUGUCCGUGCUGGGCCAGUACGAGCGGCACUGCCACUCCAUCAGCUCCGACUUCGGGAGCGGGAGCGCGGGCGGGAGCGGGGCGGACCCCCGGCCGGGGCCCGGCGCCGAGCUGGAGGAGCUGCACUACAUCCCCAUCCGGGUCCUCGGACGCGGAGCCUUCGGGGAGGCCACGCUCUACCGCAGGACCGAGGAUGACUCACUGGUGGUGUGGAAGGAAGUGGAUCUGACCCGAUUGUUGGAGAAGGAGCGUCGUGAUGCCCUGAACGAGAUUGUGAUUCUGGCCCUCCUGCAGCAUGACAACAUUAUUGCCUACUACAAUCACUUCAUGGACAACAGUACCCUACUCAUUGAACUGGAGUACUGCAAUG